AUGUUUAUUUUCUUGUCUCUACCGUCUGGGAAUGAACAACCGCAUUCUGAUUUCGAACGAAAUACUUUACAAACCUUUCAAUCAUUAUUGACAGAUUCGCACAGUAUAUUGGCGAAAUCAGAGUAUGAAUCCGGGUAUGGUAAUAUAACAGGAUACCAGCUAUCAUAUGAAGAUCAUUUGCAGGGCAAAAAGAUUAAGGACUGGCCUAUCCACAAAUACAAUAAGAAUCAACCAUGGGAGGAGACACAGGAGUAUUCAAUCUUGCCAAAUGCAGUAAGCGACAAGGUUAAACGCUUUUGGGGUAAAGAGCUUGUUCAUCAGGGUGGGAAUGCGUAUUUGCUAAACAUUUCAGGAAGAGCGGAUGGACAGUUUGAGCUUAUCGAGAAUGAAGUUAAGCCUGUUAAAUAUGAGAUCCCUACUUUCCUACAGACAUACUACAAUGCAAGGACAAGCAAUGAUGAUACGGAUUUUGAUAAUAUAUCUGGUGGUGGUGGUGAUGGCAGAAAAGCUCUGGACGAUGACAUUGUUGGCAAGGCUCCCAAGAUAGGUAACAUUACCAAGGAUGGACUAAUUUCAUUAGUGGUGCAAAGUUAUCAGUACAAUUUCAACGAACCAGAUUUCCAAGUGGUAAAUGAAAGCGAUAGAGUGUCAAAUGCGGUGGUGGCAAGUUUAGAGUUGAAUCUAAAGGAUUACUUGGAGGUUGAGGACCAUAUGAUUAAUAUGAAAGGUGUUUACUUUCAAGACACUGGCUCUCUAGUGGCCACGUCAAACUCGGCCAAAUUCCUUGGAUCAUAUGGUUUGAGCCAUUUGGCUAUGAACAAUGAGAGCUUUGAGAUUGCCAAGAAACUAAUGAGUCAAUUUAACGAAGCUAAAAACAACAAGGACGUUACAUUAGACGAUAUGAAUACGGCUAUUUUAAGGUCGAUAGACCAAUGUGAGAUUGUUUCGUAUUUCCAGUUUAACAGAACAAGUUUUAGUUAUGAUGAAUUGAGGUAUAUUGAUUCGGAGUUGAGAGAGCCAACCGGCAGGCCGUUGCCACAUGCGAUACCGCAAUUAGCAAUAAAGGAGUUUUUGAUAUAUUCGCCGGACUGUGGACUAUUAUUGACAAGAAAAACCGAUACAUCAUUCACAGGCGUGAGGUCUGAAGUCUUGCAAUCACAAAUGAAGAGUGUUUUAACUGGGAUUUUGGUAUUGGUAUGCAUUCAGUUAUAUUUGAUUUUCAAGCAAUCUAGUGAAGCUAGAACACCGGGCCAAUUAUCAGUCAUAUCCAGCAAGACUUUAUUUCUAUUUGCGUUUGAGGACGCACUAUUAGCUGUCAUGUCUUUGCUUCUUUCAACGUUGACGGCAGAUCUAUACUUGCUUUUGGCAUGCAUUGCAACGGUGGCAUUUAUGCUGUGCGGGAUUUUUGAAAUGAGGUUUAUGGUUAAUGUUCUUACAAUCCAAGCCAAUGAAAGAGGAACUACAUGGUGGCAGAUCAUGAGAGGCUCCAGCUACGUACCUCUCGAUUCCAGCAACACAGAGUCAACUCCUGCAACUGAACACGACGAGGGUCCAAUUCUCCCAAUUGCAAAUACACCAGUAGCGCCAGCACCACCAACACCAACACCACAACAAACGGAGCCCGUCCCAAAUCAGGCAUGGCAAGAGACUUCUUAUAGUAAUUCUAUAUUUGCAACUGGGUUCACGCUUACAAUAGUGGCUAUGUUUUUAAUAUUCUCAUCUUUAGGCUGGAGGUUGAGAUACAGAAUUAUUUUUGAAUACGUAUGCUUGAUCUUUAUCAAUUCAUAUUGGAUUCCUCAGUUUUUACGCAACACCUUAAAGAAUAGACGAAAAGCGUUUUCGUGGGAGUUUGUGUUUGGAAGCAGUAUCAUUAGAGUUAUUCCAAUCUACUAUUUUGCAUUGUUCAGAGCGAAUCCAUUGAGGCAUCGGUACGAUCCUGUAUUGUGUACUGUUGUUACUUUCUGGGUCGCUUUCCAGUUGAUGUUAUUGGUAUUACAGAACGCUCUUGGAGCUCGAUUUUGGAUCAACGAGAAAUGGCUACCAAAAGCUUAUGACUAUCAACAAGUAUUGAGUUUAAGAAACCUUGAAGAAGACGGAUUUUCCAGCGAUUUAUUGGCAAGCUUCAAACACAAGACAACAACAACAACAACAACGACUACGUCGACGUCUCGAAACGAUAAAAAUACUGGAGAAAGUAGUGCUCAUGUUUAUGUUGAGUGUGAAUGUACAUGUCCAAUAUGUAUGACUGAUGUAACGCUACCGAUAAUUGUUAAAGAAGACAUUGAAGGUAAUUCAAGGAAGAAGCUACAUGCUCUUAAUGGUGUUAAGAAGGAUUAUAUGAUAACACCAUGUCAUCAUAUAUUCCAUGUGGGAUGUUUAGAAAACUGGAUGAAAUAUAAGUUGCAAUGUCCAGUAUGUAGAACUAGUUUACCACCAAUAUAG